AUGUCUGUCUGCUCCUUCCUCCUUUCGUGCGCUCUUUUCGCGGCGCCAGCGCUCGGAUCCCUCCAGGAACGCCGGUUGUACGAGGAUUUGAUGCGGAACUACAAUAAUCUCGAACGACCUGUCGCCAAUCAUUCGGAGCCCGUCACUGUGCAUUUGAAGGUUGUCCCCUUCAGCCUAUUCCACCUCCGUCACGCAACAAAUUUAGGUCGCUCUUCAACAGAUAAUCGACGUCGAUGAGAAGAAUCAGGUGGUUUAUGUGAAUGCGUGGCUCGAUUACGUGAGAUUUCAGUCGGAAUAAGCCCCGUCAAAAGCAAUUUUUUCAGACAUGGAAGGACUACAACUUGGUGUGGGAUGAGCAAGAGUACGGUAACAUCACAGAUGUCCGUUUCCCGGCCGGAAAGAUCUGGAAGCCGGAUGUUCUGCUCUACAAUAGCGUGGAUACCAACUUCGACUCGACCUAUCAGACGAAUAUGAUUGUGUAUUCGAGCGGUCUGGUCCAUUGGGUACCGCCUGGAAUCUUCAAGAUCUCGUGUAAAAUCGACAUUCAGUGGUUUCCGUUUGAUGAGCAAAAGUGUUUUUUCAAGGUUCGCACAUGUCGUUGGAAAAUCUCUUUCUAUUUCCUCGAUUUCAGUUUGGCUCUUGGACGUACGACGGCUACAAACUCGAUCUUCAACCGGCCACCGGAGGCUUCGAUAUCAGCGAGUAUCUUCCGAACGGAGAAUGGGCGCUGCCACGUGAGCGCUUUUGAUAUUAUCCAUUCAUGUCCCGAUUUCAGUGACAACUGUCGAACGGAACGAGAAAUUCUACGACUGCUGCCCCGAACCCUACCCGGACGUUCAUUUCUACCUCCAUAUGCGACGGCGAACUCUUUACUACGGUAAUUUAAACAAAGAAAAGCAAAGUUCGAUAAUGUAAACUUUUAGGUUUCAACUUGAUAAUGCCGUGUAUUCUGACCACUCUUAUGACACUUUUAGGAUUCACUCUUCCGCCAGACGCCGGCGAAAAAAUCACACUCCGUAAGGGAACAGAACCCCUUUUCACUGUAUGGUCUACUUUCAGAAAUCACUGUUCUCCUCUCCAUUUGCUUCUUUUUGAGUAUUGUUUCGGAGAUGUCUCCGCCCACUUCUGAAGCUGUUCCUCUCCUAGGUAAUAGGCGAUGAUUACUGUAUCCCGCACUCCUUGCCUCCCUUCAGGUAUCUUUUUCACGUGUUGUAUGAUCGUGGUGACUGCCUCGACGGUCUUCACCGUCUAUGUGCUCAACUUGCACUACCGUACCCCGGAGACGCAUGAUAUGGGUCCAUGGGUAGGCGCAUCUCCAUUUCAAUUCCCAAAAACCGUUUUUGUUGCAGACCCGCAACCUGCUGCUCUACUGGAUUCCGUGGAUGCUCCGGAUGAAGCGUCCCGGCCACAAUCUCACGUACGCUUCCCUUCCGUCACUGUUCGCUGCCAAACCGAACCGCCACUCGGAAUCGCUGAUCCGUAACAUCAAGGACAACGAGUGCUCGCUCUCGCGGGCCAACUCGUUCGACGCCGACUGUCGCCUCAACCAGUACAUAAUGACGCAGUCGGUGAGCAACGGAUUGACGAGUCUCGGCAGCCUCCCGAGCACGCUCAUCUCGUCGGCGAACGGCGGCGGCGCGGCGGCGGCAGAUGUUUCUCAGCAGGCCACUCUUCUCAUCCUCCACAGAAUCUAUCACGAGCUGAAGAUCGUGACGAAGAGAAUGAUCGAGGGCGACAAGGAGGAACAGGCGUCCAAUAACUGGAAGUUCGCCGCGAUGGUCAGUCCCUUCACGGGGCAUUCCUCACAAUUACAGACCUUUUGCAGGUGGUCGAUCGUCUGUGUUUGUACGUGUUCACCAUCUUCAUCAUCGCCUCCACGAUCGGCAUUUUCUGGUCGGCGCCCUAUCUCGUCGCCUGA